AUGGCCGACUCCAGCGACUCCCAGCCCAUCGCCCGCUCGACCAAGCUCGUCAGUGAGGCCCUGCUCAACGAGAAGUGGGAUCGUGCCAUCUCCUCCAUGAUCAUUCGCUCCUCCCUGGGUCUGUCCUUCGGUGUUGUCUUUUCAGUGCUCCUGUUCAAGCGGAGAGCUUGGCCCGCUUGGGUUGGUCUGGGCUUCGGUGCCGGACGCGCUUGGGAAGAGGCCGACGCUUCAUUCCGCCGGGGUGACUCCCCCGUGAGAGACGCUCUGCGUCGGUAA